AUGCCGGACAUCUACGCCAACAUCGACGCAGCCGCGCUGAAGGCUGACGCUGAGGACUGCAUGCUCUCCUUCGGUUCGGCCUUCCAUCCAGACAUCAUCACGCAUGCCAAAGACGGCUACAUCUACACCUCAGAUGGGCAUCGGAUGCUGGAUUGGACGUCAGGGCAGAUGUCCUGCCUGGUCGGCCAUGGCAACCCCGAGAUCGUUGAGACCAUCACCCAACACGCGUCCAAUCUGGACCACCUCUUCAGCGGGAUGCUCAGCCCACCGGUCAUCAACCUCGCCAAGCGCCUGACCAGCUUGACGCCUCCAGGCCUCGACAAGGCCUUCUUCCUGAGCACCGGCGGCGAGAGCAAUGAAGCCGCCAUCAAGCUGGCCAAGUCGUACACUGGCAAGUUCGAAAUCGUCGGCCUGUCUGCGAGUUGGCACGGCGUGACGGGCGUUGCCGCUGCCGCUCAGUACCUCUCCGGCCGAACCGGCCAUGGUCCCAUGGAGAAGACUUACAAGAAGCCCAACGACCAGAUGCCCGGCUCUCUCAUGCUCCCGGCCCCCAACACCUACCGCAGCAUCUUCCGGCACGCGGACGGGUCGUACGACUGGCAAACGGAGCUGGACUACGGCUUCUCGAUGCUCGACAGGCAAUCCUGCGGCAGCCUGGCGGCCCUGAUCGUCGAGCCGAUCCUGUCGUCGGGCGGGAUGCUGGUCCUGCCGGACGGGUGGCUGGCGGCGGCGAAGCGGCGCUGCGAGGCGCGCGGCAUGCUGCUGAUCGUCGACGAGGCGCAGACCGGCGUCGGGCGCGCGGGCGACAUGUUCGCCUUCGAGCACGACGGCGUGGUGCCCGACGUCUUGACGUUGAGCAAGACGCUGGGCAACGGCGUGCCGCUCGCUGCCGUGGUCACGAGCGACGAGAUCGCCCGGGUCACCAAGGAGAAGGGCUUCUUGUUCUACACCACGCAUAUCAACGAUCCCAUGCCCGCUGCUGUGGGGCUCAAGGUGUUGGACAUUGUCGUGCGCGAUGGCCUGGUUGAGAACUCGAGGCGGCUGGGCGCGAGGUUGCAGGCGGGCUUGCGGCGGCUGCAGGAAAGGUACGGGUGCUUGGGGGACGUGAGGGGCCGCGGCCUCAUGGCUGGUGUCGAGAUCGUGUCAAGUCGUGAGACGAAGCAAGGCGAUGCGGCCCUCGGCUUCCGUAUCUCUAGCAAGAUGGCCGAGCUCGGCGUCUGGGCACAGCUGUCUACCUUGCCCGCUUUCGGCGGCGUCUUUCGCAUUGCACCGCCCAUCAACAUCACCGAGGAACAGAUGGAUCACGGCUUGGCUGUCAUGGAAGAGGCGUUGCGGAUUACGCCAGGAACAAUGCCUUUGUACGAUGAGAGUUCCGAGACUGAAGCAUUGAGCAGAUUGUAA